AUGUAUCUAUUUCAAUAUAGAGAAGCAGGAAUGAGUAAACCAUCGAUUCAUUGUUAUACAGCAACAAAUUGGAUUGAUUGUGCUAAAGAAUUAAUUGCAACAACAGUUCCAACUUCAACUGAUCAAUCAUUGAGAAUAAUAAAUGCAAUGACAAAUGCAAAUAUUGCACAAGAUUUACAAUAUCAAAUUCAAUAUUCAAUAAAUCAAUCGCAACCAACAACUUCAACAUCAACUUAUAUUUAUGGAUUGAGCCAAGGAAGUGGCAUUAUAGAAACUUAUCUAACGAUUCAAUCAAUUAAUUCUCAAAUUCAAAUCAUCGAUGGAAUUAUUCUUGAUGGAGUUAUGUCAAUAAAAGAUUCUGAUGUAUUUCAAAAUCAAAUUAAAAAUUUAAAUCAUCGAUUUUAUUUAUAUUUAUCAAAAUGUCAACAAGAUCAAUUAUGUUCAAAAGCAUUUAGUCUUGUCAUUGGAAGUAAUCAAGAUAUAAUCAGUGUAACAUUAACAUUACAAACACUUUUUCAGACAAAUCUAACAAAUGCUCUUUGUACGACUAACUUAGGAUUAAAUAAUUGGGAUUUAUUUAUUCUUAUUGCAAAUCAAGCAAUAGAAAUGAUUACUACUCGUCCAUUACCAGCUAUUUUAAUUGCUCGUCUCUAUCGUUGUUCAAGUGAAGAUCAAUAA